AUGGCUCAAACACUCCUUCGUCAUCUACUCACAGAUUUAUUUGGUGAAGAAUCACCAACCCAACAACAUCUUCUCGAGCGAAUGUUGAAGAAUAUUUACAACAUCUCGGAACAAGUUUUGGCAUCAUAUUAUACACCGUCAAAGACAUCAUCCAACGUUCAAGAACACAAGGAUGACGACAAAUCGCUACAAUCGGGAUUACUGGAGGAAAAUUCAGGAACGAUAGAAUGUUUAGUGAGGAGUAGCUUGAAGAUAUUUCUAUUGAUUCAAGCCAUCUAUUCAUCAUCAUCAUCAAUCAUUGAUUUUUCAUUUCUUGGAAAAUUUACAAGCCUAAUUUCAAACAUUUUAAAUGAUCCGAAUAGCACUCUUGAUGAUUCACAGCGGAAAACCAUAUCCAUGAUUCCACUUCAUUUACUUUCCGAGUAUUGUAAUCACUUCAACAAUGCUAAAGCCAUUGAGCAAAUAUUUAAUUAUUGUAUGAAUAACCAUUCACAGCAAGAAGAAGAAUCUCAACAACGUAACACAAAUAGUACAGACUUUAUGAAAUGUUUGAGUCGGUGUUGCUCCGAGUUCAAGCUUUGUGCUUUGGAAUUGUUGAAAACGGUAAAAGCAGUUUUUGACUCGAAAAAGGUUUCCAAAAUUGAAGAUACAGAAACUUGUGGUAAAAUAUUGCUCUUUGUUGCUUCUGUGUUACCCUAUAACCACGAUGCCUGUAUCAAUAAGGGAGGACACGUAAAUAUGGAACAUCAUGCAUUGUUGGAACAACAAGUUCGAGAAGAACAGACUGAUGCUGCAAGUGUGGUGGUCGAUGAUUUUGAAACUUUUUGGAAUUUACAAAUGCAUGUCAUCCAAUUUCUGUCCUUAAAGACCUCUCUCUCAGCUCAUUACAGCCAAACCAAAGGUCAGGAUUAUACCAUACCAACAUGGUCAACAUUUUCUAAAGAAGUCGACCGAAUGAUGAAAUGUAUUGAAUCCAGAUGCAUUUCCAAUAUUCAAACUCUCAAACAGUUAAAGAGAAAUAAGGAAAAGCUUCAAUCUGAUGGCAAGAUGAAUACUACUAUCGAUACAUCACAACAACAAUUUGAAGUAUUAUUUUCUCCAAUUAAGCUAUUGAAAAAUCGAAAAUUAUUUGACCUACAAUUAGACGACGUUCGAUUCCGUAGACAAGUACUGAUUCAAUUAUUAAUAGCAAUUUCUAGGUUGCAAGAAAAGAAUACUGAUUCCCAUUCCUACUCCUCAGAACUUAAAUCCAUGAAAGAGAAAAUUCUUACCAUCAUGAAAAAGUAUGACUCUGAUGUUAGUACAAUUAUGGAUACCAUUUUCGAACGAGAAAGGUUCUGGACUACUUGGAAGGCUAAUCAAUGUCCAGCCUUCUUUCAUGACCGCUCCUCCACUCUUCCUCUCUCCUCAAAAUCAAGUCUAGUUUUUAAGAACGCAGCCAUGUUAGGAUUUUUAGAAAGUGAUACAAGUACAGAGUCUGUAGAUGCCUAUUUAAAGAGCUCAGAAAAUGAACUACGAUCACAUGACUUUGCAAAUUAUGUCGUUCCCAUUGUGAAGGAAGAAUUUGAUGUGACACCAUCCGAGAAGUUUGUCAAUUCUUCGAACGUGUUUGUUUGGAAAUCAUGUCGAUUAUUGUUAGAUUUUGAUUUGAAACAAAUACAGCUCGCUUUGCAACAUCCUUCUCAUCAUGGAGAAGAUGAGGAGGAAGAAGGUGACUCCUCACAUUUCCUUGAAAUAAUUGCCAAACAAGUCCUUAAACAAUCUGGUGAGCAGGAUGACAAAUCCGACUCACCUGUAGACAAUGACGAGGAAGAAAAUGGUAAAAAGAGAAAACGACAAGUCAUGCAAGAAGAUGAUGAACAGGCAAAUGAUGAAACUGCUUCUUCAUCCAAACAAGUAAAACACUAA